GCCGCUCCACUUGAUCUCCGAGCCAGUGGUAUUUGCCCGGAAAGGGGCCAGAUUUGGGCAGGAUCCGGCCAGGGGACAGAGCCGGGUGCCUGCCGCGCGGACUACACUGGGAUACAUUAGGGUGGGAGCUCCGAAGCGCCUCUUUCUCCGCGGGGCUGCUGCGCGCCAAAGCCGGCGGAUUCCGGCGGGCUCCAGCUUUUCCCGUUUUCCGCGGCGAGGGGCUUUUUGGAGGCGCCUGCCUCCCCAGUCCUGAUUUGCUGGGCUACCGCGGAGGGCUCGUCCUGGGCUGGGCUGCUGACGCGUGGCGGCGGCGGCGGCACGUCCCUCUGACGCGUUGGACCCAGACCUGGACCUAGCGGAGACCCGGGCUCCAGCUCGCUGCUGCUGCUGCUGCUGCUGCUGCGCCGGCUUGCCAAGCAUAAUCAACCAUGACUACAGAAUCGGGAUCAGACUCUGAAUCCAAGGAUCAAGACCAAGACCAGCAAGAAGCCCCUGCUCAGCAAGGGGCAGCUGGGGCACAACCUCAAGACCAGCAGCAGGAGCGGCAGCUCAGUGAGGAACAUCAGAACGCGAUAGACCAGUUCUCUGCCGUGGCAGCGCACAGCACACCUGUGAAAAAAGAGCAGGUCACUGACAGAGAACGGGAGUUUGCUGCUGCUGCUGCAAAACAGCUGGAAUACCAGCAGUUUGAAGACGACAAGCUCUCUCAAAAAUCAUCAUCUAGCAAACUCUCCAGAUCUCCUCUAAAGAUUGUUAAAAAGCCUAAAAACAUGCAGUGCAAAGUGAUGCUCCUGGAUGGCUCUGAAUAUGGAUGUGAAGUGGAGAAACGUUCCAGAGGUCAAAUAUUGUUUGACAAAGUAUGUGAACAUCUGAAUCUUUUGGAAAAAGACUACUUUGGGCUAACGUACAGAGACAUGGAAAACCAAAAGAACUGGUUGGACCCUGCAAAGGAAAUCAAAAAGCAGAUCCGAAGUGGUGCUUGGCAGUUCUCCUUUAAUGUGAAAUUUUACCCUCCAGAUCCUUCCCAGCUGUCUGAAGAUAUUACCAGGUACUACCUCUGCUUGCAGCUAAGAGAUGACAUAGUGUCUGGACGGCUGCCUUGUUCUUUUGUUACUCUUGCUCUUUUGGGGUCCUAUACUGUUCAGUCAGAACUUGGAGAUUAUGAUCCUGAUGAAUAUGGAAGUGAUUAUGUCAGUGAAUUCCGGUUUGCACCAAAUCAUACUAAAGAGCUGGAAGACAAAGUAAUCGAGCUGCACAAGAGCCACAGGGGAAUGACACCUGCAGACGCUGAGAUGCAUUUCUUGGAGAAUGCCAAAAAACUGUCUAUGUAUGGAGUGGAUCUACAUCAUGCCAAGGAUUCUGAAGGAGUUGAAAUCAUGUUAGGGGUUUGUGCCAGUGGUCUUUUAAUAUAUCGAGACAGACUCAGGAUAAAUAGAUUUGCUUGGCCAAAGGUUCUGAAAAUUUCGUACAAGAGGAACAACUUCUACAUUAAAAUCCGACCAGGAGAGUUUGAACAGUUUGAAAGCACUAUUGGGUUUAAGUUGCCAAAUCAUCGUGCUGCGAAGCGUUUAUGGAAAGUAUGUGUUGAACACCAUACAUUUUUCAGGCUGUUGUUACCAGAGGCACCGCCAAAGAAAUUCCUUACACUGGGUUCCAAAUUCCGCUACAGUGGAAGAACACAAGCCCAAACCAGACGAGCCAGUGCACUAAUAGACCGUCCUGCACCUUACUUUGAGCGUUCUUCCAGCAAACGUUAUACUAUGUCUCGCAGCUUAGAUGGGGAGGUUGGUACUGGCCAGUACGCCACAACAAAGGGCAUCUCUCAAACCAACUUGAUAACCACUGUGACGCCAGAGAAAAAAGCAGAGGAAGAAAGAGAUGAGGAAGAGGGCAAAAAAAAAGGAGAGGAAAUCACUCCAGUCUCUGCAAUACGCCAUGACACAAAGUCAUCUUUGCUUGGCACUGAUUCAUUUAAUUCCUCAUCAACCUCACAGUCUGGUCCCCCUGUAUUUUCAACAAAGCUUCGUAGGAGAUGUAAGGAGAAUGCUCAAAACCCAUUAAGUUAUGAGUCAUCUAAAGACAUUAUGCAAAUGCACAGUGAGUCUGACUUGGACUCUGAUAGAAAAGGAAGAGUUUGCUCUGAUGAACAAGACGUGGCUUUUAGCUAUAAGCAAAAAGCUGGUAACCGCGGAACACUGUUUUCCUUCUCCUUGCAACUUCCAGAGUCAUUUCCUGCUCUCCUGGAUGAUGACGGCUACCUUUCCUUCCCUAACCUCUCUGAAACCAACUUCCUGCCUGAAAGUGUGCAGCAUUACCUUCCCAUCCGAUCACCAUCCCUUGUGCCUUGUUUCCUUUUCAUCUUUUUCUUUCUGCUGUCUGCCUCAUUCUCAGUGCCAUAUGCUCUCACUCUCUCCUUUCCUCUGGCUAUGUGCCUCUGCUACCUGGAGCCCAAGGCGGCCUCCUUGAGUGCCUCACUUGACAAUGACCUGAGUGACAGUUCAGAGGAAGAGACUGACAGUGAACAGACGGAUACUGCAGCUGAUGGUGAAACCACUGCCACAGAGUCGGAUCAAGAGGAAGAUGGAGAUCUCAAGGCACAGAAUAGUCUGAUUAAGCGAAUAAAGGGUGAAAAUGUGUAUGUCAAACAUAGUAAUCUUAUGUUAGAGGAGCUAGACAAAAAUCAAGAAGACCUGAUGAAACACCAGACGAAUAUAAGUGAACUGAAACGAACCUUCUUGGAAACCUCCACAGACACUACAGUGUCUAAUGAAUGGGAGAAGAGGCUUUCGACAUCUCCAGUUCGGCUUGCUACAAGACAGGAGGAAGCUCCUAUGAUUGAACCACUUGUGCCUGAAGAGACCAAAGAAGAAAAAGAAAAAUAUGAAAAACUUAUAUUUUUGCAGAAGGGAAGUACUACAUUCCUGGAGUCCCAGCCAAGGGAGAUAGAGAAGAAGCUGCAGGAAGGAGAAUCCACUGGCACUGUUACUUCUCAUCAAAUCAUUUUCCAGAAAACUGUCCCAUCAUCCUUAGAGGGCACUGAGGAUUGGGUUAUUGUAGACAAAAUACCUACUGAGGUAGUUGAUGGUGAAUCGAAAAAAAUUGUGACAUACAAAGUAAUGACUGUGAGCAGUAAAACUGGUGACAUUCCACCUGAGAUAUUAAAAUCCAGUACCAUUGAAAUGCAAAGCUUUGAGGACUUGGAAAAUGAAAUACAAUCAAAAGAGGAGAAUAAACAGAAAAUGUACACCUUAGGAAAGUCCUAUGACACUGUAUCCGGGAAAAUUGUAACCAUGACAAGUAAAGCUAAAGAGGGAGAGAAAACAGUGCAGUCAUCACUAGAAGCAUUUCAAAAAAUGGAGAGGGGAAUGCCAGAAUCUGUGAAAAUCAUUCCAGUAGUGGCUGAAUAUGAAAUUCUAGAGCCCAUCACUGACGAAAAAGCCAGGAGGGGAUCCGAUGUACAGAGUACAAAAAGAAAGCUGUCUGAAUCUUUGACACCCAUAAAGGAAGCAGAGUCUCAGUUGCAUAGUCCUGAAGAGGAAAGUUUGAAGAAAGCACAAAAGAUGGACCAGGAUUUUCAUGGUACACUGGGAAGCUUGCAGUUUGGCAGAGCUGAAAAACACCUUGACAGUGAAGCUCUAAAAGCAGGGGCAUUUGGUCGGAAAGAUAAGAGCCUAUCUGAGUGGAGAUAUUCCAGAGAACAGCCAUUUACCAUUGCUACUGCUCACUAUGUUACUGAAUCGUCUGCAUCAAGAGUAGUGACUAAACAGUCCUCCAGUGAAAAGACCUUGGAUGGUUCAGAUAUCUUCAGUUUAUUAGAGUCUGCAAGAAAACCAACUGAGUUCAUAGGAGAGGUUACUUCUACUUCACAUAGCAGGGCUCAGAGAACAGAAACAAAGACAGGCCAGGAGAUAAGUGCCAGCGAAAUGAAGGAAGAGAUUCAGCCACAUCAGGAUGCAGUGAAGAAGGUUGUGCAGGAGACUGUAUUGGUAGAGGAGAGACAUGUGACGAAUGUGCAUGCAAGUGGGGAUGCUGUUAAAUUGGCUGGAGAUCAGCUGGAUGCUAUGGCACAGGCAGUAUCUGCUGUUGCUUCUAGUGUGAAAGGAAAGGAGGGUUCUGCUGUGACUGAGGGGGCUAAGGAGGAAAAAAGGGAGGAGGCUGAUAAAGCUGUAACCAAACAGGAAGAAAUUGCUGCUGCUUCUCAUCAGCAAGAGGAGGAGCAGAGUGCAACAGUCCACGUUUCUGAUACAUUGGAAAGAAAACCUCAUUUUGAGCAGUCACCAGUUGUGAAGACUGAAACCAUCAGCUUUGGCAGUGUUUCUGCAGGUGGGGAGAAGCUUGAAAUUUCUACCAAGGAAGUUCCCAUAGUUCAUACAGAAACAAAAACCAUUACAUAUGAAUCAUCACAGGUGGAUUCUGGUGCUGACUCAGAGCCAGGUGUAUUGAUGAGUGCACAAACCAUCACAUCUGAAACUACGAGUACUACAACUACUACCCAUAUCACCAAAACUGUGAAAGGAGGCAUUUCAGAGACAAGAAUUGAAAAACGAAUAGUCAUCACAGGAGAUGCAGAUAUUGACCAUGACCAGGCGCUGGCUCAGGCAAUUAAAGAGGCCAAAGAGCAGCACCCUGACAUGUCAGUGACCAAAGUAGUGGUACAUAAAGAGACAGAAAUCACACCAGAAGAUGGGGAAGAUUGACCCACAGGAAUAAUUUAGCUUGCAUACGAAUCCAGUCAUGCACACCCUUAGGAAUACCAGAGCCUAUAUGGAGUCUCAGUUCUAACCUGACUGACUUGUAUCUGUCCGUGGAAAAUUUCAGUACCGAAGAAUUGAUCUUAAACGCUAAUAAAGACACUGGCAGAGAUAUUUUCCCAUAUAAAGCAAUCUGAAUCAGCAUCAGUGAAACAAUAUUGCAUGAAGCAACAAUAAAUUUACGGAAAAGCAGCAUUUUUAAUUUUCAUUAUAUCUAAGUUUUCAGCUAUACCUGCACGUUCAUAAACAAUAUAAACAGUGAUCUAAUGUAACACACAAACAGUUCAUGCCUUUCACAUUUUAUUAAAUCUAAACAUAUUAAAAUUUGUUAGGUGGCAAACCUUUUGUUUAUGGAUACUGUAUAUGAAGAUUACCCGAAACUGCUAGAAGCUGUAUAGGUACUGUGUAUAAUGUUUUAUCACACAUUAGAUGUGCCAGUAACACAGUUUAUUCAGGAAACAAUUUGAAUCUUGUAUUUGUUUUAUCUGGUUUUAUUACUAUUGCCUGAUAAAAAAUGAUGAAUCUCUAAUCUUAUCAAAAUAUUUAAAUUCUUACAAAAUGUGCUUUGCAUACCUGAUUUAAUACCUUGUGAGGUAGUAAAGAUUUCAGCACAUUUACUUGACUUUAAGAUUUUUUUGUCAGCAAUGUUCAGAGUUUAAGUCAGAAAGUUUCCAGUCGCCCUUCAGAAGUUCUAACCCUGUAAAUUAUAUGUAGUUAUUUUGGAGAAAGUCUGUAUUUUCCUUAGUUUAUAGUGUUACAAAAUUAUUACUCUGAAAUAACCUUGAUGGUUUUUUAUUGACUUCCCUUUUGUUCUCAGAGAAAAAAAUGUUUCAUUUCAGAAUCUGGUCAGCAGCAUUUACUAUCUAGUUCAGAGCCAAGCCUUAAACUGUACAGAACAUCCACUGAAAACUCAUUAGUAUUCCGUUAUAAUAUCCAUUGCAGGGAUAUAGUCUCCAUUACACUCUCAGCUGCGUCACAACACAUGGUGAAUGUAUGUUUCUGCAUAGUGAAAUAAAAGUGGUAAAUGCAUCCAAAAUUGUAUUGUUUUGUGUCUAAAAGAAUCCAUUGUUUUUUAUAUUCAAAACCCAAGUAAUAGCUGUAUGAUAUCAAAGGCUUUAUUCAUCUGCAUAGUAGAUGUGUUCUGUCUUACAAUGGACCACAGUACACCGUGCAGACAACUGGAGUUGGCAGGGCAGCCUACGGGAUAAUAAUAUGAAAAUGUACUCCUUUGGGUAAAAUGAUGAUAGCGAAGGAAGGAGAACAUUAUGCUUUUUUCUAUCGCUGUGUACUGUGUUUCAGUUAAAUUAAAUGGAAAUUAUUUGUGUUUGGCUAACGAAAUUAUAAUGAAAAUGUAGCAUUGGCUCAAGAUCUGUUUUCUUUUAUAUUUUUGCUCUGAAUCUUGGAUGAAUUAUCUAUGUAAGAGAAUCCUUACUUUUCUGUUUGCUAUUGUUUGCUCCUUGACCACACUUUGAUGACAUUCCCUUAGUGAUUUAAGAUGAAUUUGUAGAGGCUAACUCACCCUUCAAUCCAUAAACCCUAGUAGGAUGCAAGAAAUAAAUACAAGUGAAUUUGUGUACACAGGACUCCUUCUCAUUGACUUCAAUGGAGAUGACUUCAGUGGAGGGCAGGAUUUGGCCCACAGAUUUGUUACAAGUAUUUAUUUUCUUAAUUUAGAAAGAAAAGAGAAUAUAUCAAGAGAAUAAUCUGUAGUUAAUAAUUAAAAAGAAAUCUCCUGAGGCUUUGACUGCUCUACUCUGUCUCUCUAAAAUGAUGUUUUCAGUUAGCCAUUCUUCAUGUCUUUGUUGUUUAAGACCUCCCUUUAUGUAACUCCCCUUCUAGCACAUCAGUCAUCUCUCACCUAUUACCUAAUGAAUAAUGCAAAGAUUGUGUUCUUAUGUCCAUAUUUUUGGAGUUAUCUCUUCCUGACUCUCUUCCUAAUAAAACAGAAUAUGUCUGUAAAUUCUGUUCCUUCCCAGUGAAGGUAGAAUUGGAUUUAUUCCCCCCACCACCACCUCGUCAGCUACAGAGAGAAGAGGUAUCCACCCUGUUUCUCAGCAGACUACAUUCCAGGCUCUUGCUUGUGCAUCAGGAGUUUAACAGUAGACUCUGAAGCCAUAUUGAUCUUCCCUCAGGUGGCCCUUUCCUUGUCAGCUAAGAAACAGCAUUAUGUUACCUCAGAGAUGUGAGUGGCUACUAUACUGCCUUCUGUCCAGAGUUACCCUUAGCAUUAUAUUUUAGCAUGGCUUGAGGGAAAUGUACUAUAGUGAUUAUGUAUAGUAUGUAUGCUGUCUGAAGAUACUGUAUCUUUGAGGUUAGUCUCCUUAAAAAGCUAGGUAUGGCCUAAGCAUGUACAGAAUAAGAGAAGAUUAGAGUGGAUUGGCAAUGACAUCUCAGUCAUUGUUAGCAGCAGACCUUUGUUUGGGGUAAUUCCUUGGGAUGGUUCCCAGGAAUAAUAGUUUUGAUUUUUUUUAGUGACUCUUUCUUGGGUUGUCUGCCUAAUGCUGUGCCACAUGAAAUAAAAAACACUUCCCUGUUUCUACUA